CAGUGCCGCCCGGGAGCGCCGGGGGCGGCAGCUCGCUCCCGUGUCCGGCCUCGGCGUGCUCGGCGGGGCGCCGGCGGCCAGGGGACGCCCCGCAGGAGCGGUGCCGGUCCCGGUGCCGGUCCGGCCGCGGGCAGCGCGGAGCUUGCCCUGCCCUGCCCUGCCCUGCCCUGCCGUGUGUCCCCUGCUGCGAGCGCGGCGUGCCCGGGGACUGCGGCGCGGGCUCUCCGGGUUAUAGAAAACAUUAACACCACCAAUGAAUGACUUGAUCUUCACUCUCAGCUCCAGAUGACCUGUCCUGUUGUUUGUAAGGAUGACGUCUGUUACUGAAAAUGGAGAUGUUACUGCUGGAAAGCCAAAUGAAGAGAAAACAUAUAAAAAGACUGCAUCCUCAGCUAUUAAAGGUGCAAUCCAGUUGGGAAUAGGAUACACCGUAGGAAACCUUACAUCAAAGCCAGACAGAGAUGUUCUUAUGCAAGAUUUCUAUGUAGUGGAAAGUGUCUUUCUACCAAGUGAAGGGAGCAAUCUUACCCCUGCUCAUCAUUACCCUGACUUCAGAUUUAAGACAUAUGCACCCCUUGCCUUCCGCUAUUUCAGAGAGCUUUUUGGUAUCAAGCCUGAUGACUAUUUGUACUCAAUCUGCAGUGAACCUUUAAUUGAAUUAUCCAACCCAGGCGCCAGUGGGUCCUUAUUUUUUGUAACUAGUGGUGACGAAUUCAUCAUCAAAACAGUUCAACACAAAGAGGCUGAGUUUCUUCAGAAGCUCUUGCCAGGUUAUUAUAUGAAUCUGAACCAGAACCCAAGGACUCUUCUUCCCAAAUUUUAUGGGCUGUACUGUGUUCAGUCAGGAGGCAUUAAUAUUAGAAUUGUUGUCAUGAACAAUGUUUUGCCACGAGCCUUGAAAAUGCAUUUCACAUACGACUUGAAAGGUUCCACAUACAAACGGAGAGCAUCGAGGAAAGAGAGGGAGAAGUCCAGCCCUACAUUCAAAGACCUGGAUUUCCUGCAAGAUAUGCAUGAAGGGUUGUAUUUUGACUCUGAGACACACAGUGCACUAAUGAAAACACUACAGCGGGAUUGUCGAGUUCUAGAAAGUUUUAAGAUCAUGGAUUACAGCCUUCUUCUGGGAAUCCACAUAUUGAACAGUAACAUGAAGGAAAAAGAAGGAGAGUGUUCCCAGAGUGCAUCAGACGCAAAACGCCAUGGAGGGCAGAAAGUUCUCUAUUCCACAGCGAUGGAAUCUAUACAGGGCCCUGGGAAGUCUGGAGACUCCGUCACCAGAGAGACAACAAACACGAUGGGAGGUAUUCCAGCAAAAAGCCAUAAAGGUGAAAAGCUGCUUUUAUUUAUGGGUAUUAUAGAUAUUCUCCAGUCUUACAGGUUAAUGAAGAAACUGGAACAUUCUUGGAAAGCUCUUGUUUAUGAUGGGGAUACUGUUUCAGUUCACCGACCAAGUUUUUAUGCAGACAGAUUUUUAAAGUUUAUGAAUACAAGAGUCUUCAAAAAAGUUCAAGCUUUAAGGCCUUCACCUUCAAAGAAAUGGUGCAAUUCCAUCACAGCCCUAAAGGCAGCGUCACAAGAAAUAGUGUGUGCGGUUAGCCAGGAUUGGAAGGAUGAAAAGCAUGGCAUUCUUGCUGAAGGACAAAGUUAUGCCAGCCUUGAUGAAGAAGUACUAGGUUCACAUCACCGGCCGGAUCUAGUGCCAAGCACUCCGUCUCUGUUUGAAGCAGCUUCUUUGGCAACCACACUUUCUUCUUCUUCCUUGAAUGUAGAUGAGCACUGUCAACGUGAUCAACCUACACUCUAUUCUAGCAGUAAAGGGUUACCUUCGAGUUCAACAUUCACUUUGGGAGACAGUGCCAUCUAUUUGACUUCAGAACAGAGCACAUUGGAAAUGGAAAAUGAUAAUGCUUCAGUUUUGGAUGUUUACUUAAUGGAAUUUGCCACAGGGAGCGAAGAAGAAUUAGGUCACAAACACGGGCUAUCUGUGGGCAAUUGUAUCUGAAUACUCUGGCCCUGCAAGCUGCUCAGAAUGAAAAAGCACAGGUUGAUGCCAGCUUU